AUGUCUGCACCAGUCUGUAGAUUUCCUCCACCUAAAUACAAUGUCAUUGUAGAUUUUAUCCCUUUGGCAGAUAAAGCGCACGACUCUGAAAUUGUCCCUUUUUAUAAGAAAACACAAUCUGCUCUUGCACUACGGGAAAUAAAAGUGUGGCUUUCUGGUGGUUUUCUGGCGGUUUUGGAUGGCGGUGUUCUGGCGGUUUUUUGCCUAAAAUCCAUUUUACUGCCCUUGAGUUUAAACACUUUUUACAAAUCUCUGCUUCCUUAUUAUUUUUUAUUGGCUUUUCUAUUGGAUAUGGCUUCUUUCUUUAUUGUGUAA